AUGCCGAGCACUGAGGAUGGUCAUGAUGAAGAGUUGUCCAGUGAGAUUGAACAUCAAGAGUGGAAGCGGGUGGUGGUGUUUAUCAACAGGAAUGAAGGGCUGCAAGCUCAGAUUGUCUUAGUCAAUGACACCGUCUCGGGGUUCAUCGGGUCAGAUGUGGUCCUGCACUGCAGCUUCACCAAUCUGCUCCCCAAUGUGAAGAUCACGCAGGUCACGUGGCAGAAAGCCACCAAUGGCUCCAAGCAAAAUGUGGCCAUCUACAACCCUGCCAUGGGGGUCUCCAUCCUGUCUCCCUACAAAGAGCGGGUAACUUUCCGGAACCCUUCCUUCAAAGAUGGCACCAUUCAACUCUCUCGGCUAGAGCUGGAGGAUGAAGGAGUUUACAUCUGUGAGUUUGCUACCUUCCCAACUGGCAACCGGGAAAGUCAACUGAACCUCACUGUGCUGGCCAAACCCACAAAUCGGAUGGAGGGCACCACCCGACCACUUAUUGCUAAGUCUGGCAGGACAGAAAAGAUCUUGGUGGCUACUUGCACCUCCUCUAAUGGGAAGCCCCCCAGCACUGUCACUUGGGAUACCAAGCUCAAAGGGGAAGCAGAGUUUCAGGAGAUUCGGAAUAGCAACGGGACCUUCACAGUGAUCAGCCGGUACCGGCUGGUGCCAAGCCGGGAGGCCCAUCGGCAGCAGCUCAUGUGCGUGGUGAAUUAUCAGCUGGACCGCUUCACUGACAGCAUGACCCUCAACGUACAGUAUGAGCCAGAAGUCACUAUUGAGGGCUUUGAUGGCAACUGGUUUCUCAAUCGGAAGGAUGUAAAGCUGAUAUGCAAAUCUGAUGCCAACCCCCCAGCUCACACCUAUGAAUGGAAGCUGCCAAACGGGACUCUGCCAGGGAGCGUGGAAAUCCAGAACAACACCAUCUACUUUAAAGGGCCUGUUUCCUACAGCAUGGCCGGCACCUACAUCUGUGAAGCCUCCAAUGCCAUCGGUACACGGUCAGGCUUGGUGGAAGUCAAUGUCACAGAUAAGCCACUACCUCAGGGCGCCCCAGGAGGCAUUAUUGGGAUCGUGGGAGGUGUCAUUGCAGCAGUUCUCAUCAUCGGUGUGGCUGUCACAGUAUUUAUUGUCUACAGGCGGCAACAAAAGAACCGCACUGAAACAGACGACGACUUAACUGACUUGCCUCCAUCCCACAAACCUGCCCCUCCACCAAAGAGGAAACAGGAGAUGAAAAGCCAUCUGACUGCAGAAGAUAUCCAGGUUGUUCACUUAGACAACAUGAAAUACGAGGAGGAAAUCCAAAAACUCCCUCUGCAGACUCCAUACUAUGACAUGGGAGCCGGUGAGCCCUCUCCCUACUCUGACAAACUGAACUCUGGCAACAAGGACUGUGAUGUCCACUAUGCAGAGCUGGACACGUCCGCUCUGGCCUCGUCACCCAGUCCUCGGACCUCCAUCCAUGCUGGCGGAGACCUAGUCGAGUAUGCAACCAUCCAGCCAAACUUACGCUAGCGCAUGUCAUUCUAGGCCCUUUCCCCUCAGAUUCUGGCCUCAAGAACUUUGGAAAGUGUCACUCAGAGAUAUCGAAUGCGAGUGAUUACCUAACCCGCUGUUACUCACACGAAGAUCGAUAUCUGGAG